AUGGCCUCUGCCGUCCACAGGCCAGCAUGGCCACAAGUUGGUCGCCUCUGGGCCUACCAGUCCCUGGCCUUUUGUCAACCUUCUUCUGCCGCUGUGCCUCUGGCCUUAUUGGACUUCGGCCCUCAGGUUAAUAACGUAAUUCCAACGAACCACCCAUGCGAGCGAACCACUAUUCAAAAUAUCUUCUCAUUUAACUACCCUUCCACUUCAACGCCUAAUUAUCUUCUGGCGAUACGGAAUUCCACUACCCCCCUACGCGUUGGCAAGAACUGGGUGUCAAAUCUAGUAGCACGCCGUCCAGAGCUCCAAAGCCGCUAUUCCAGACGCUAUAAUCAUGACCGUGCUAAGUGUGAAGAUCAGCAGGUUAUAAAGGAUUGGUUUAAGACCUUAGGGGAUAUAAUCACUGAGCAUGGGAUCCUGUCAGAGGAUAUAUACAACUUUGAUGAGACUGGCUUUGCUAUGGGGCUCUGUGCCACCACUAAGGGUAUUACUAGUAGUGAGCGCUACGGUAGAGCAAAGCUCCUACAGCCUGGAAACCGCGAGUGGGUGACUGUGAUUGAAGCAGUGAAUGCUAUAGGAUGGGCUCUACCCCCCUACAUUAUUCUUAAAGGUCAGGGCUUGUUGGAAGGAUGGUUUGAAGGCCUUCCAGAAGACUGGAGACUAGAUGUUAGUCCUAAUGGUUGGACUACCGACGAAAUAGGCCUGAAAUGGCUUCAACGGGUGUUUAUUCCUGCUGCAAAUCCACGCAGAGUUGGCAGUUCUAUUCUUCUUAUUCUGGACGGGCAUGGCAGUCAUCUUUCCCCGGAUUUUGACCAGCUUUGCAAGGAUAAUGCUAUAAUAUGCCUUUGCAUGCCACCUCAUUCCUCACAUCUUUUGCAGCCACUAGAUGUGAGUGUUUUUGCGGUUUUAAAGCGAGCAUAUAGUGGCCUAGUUCAGCAGCGAAUGCGGCUUGGAUUUAAUGCCAUUCGCAAGGCAGAUUUCUUAGAUGCUUAUCCUGCAGCGCGCGCUGAAGCCUUUAAAUCUCGGACUAUUCAAAAUGGCUUCAAAGCUGCUGGAAUAGUGCCCUUCCAGCCUGACUAUGUUCUCCAACAGCUGGAUAUACAACUACGGACCCCUACCCCCCCGCGCAGCAGCUCUAGCAAUUCAACCACGUCCUGGGUGCUUCAAACACCUAGUAAUCCACGGCAAUUAUACCGGCAGGCGAAUAAGAUCAAAGGCUUAGUGGAGGUUGGGAUACGGUGGUUUUGGUGGUUCGCUCGCUUGGGAAUUACGUUAGUUAAUCCCUGGUAUGCCUCCUGCAAAGAGAUUUGGGCUUCAGAAGAGGAAGAAGUAAUCGAUCUGUCGCUUCCAGCUCGGGGCCCAUGGCCUGGUCAUGCCCGAUAUAUCCCCUAUCUCCCUAAGCUCGGCCCACAUUCAGAGCUGGCAAGCAGGCCAAGCCGUAUAGGAGUCCCAAACUAUAAAAGACACAUAUGA